AUGUCAGUCCGGCGUCCGUCGGUCACGUUUGAUACAUCAUCAAGCCGUAAGAGAUCUCACGACCAGAUUACCCGCUCCUCAAGUUCUCCAGAAAGUGGUGGACCCGUAUCGAAGCGUCGGAGAGUGGUGACUACGUCUCCGCCACCGAAUCUAGUCAGAUACAGCCCGUACACUCCUACCCACCCAUACUCCCACGCCCGCGGAAGCCUCGAUCUCCGACGACCAGCCAUGUCCAGCGGAUCCGCGAAUGCGAUAGAUCUUACGGCAGACGACGACGAGAAUGACUUGGACUGGCAACCAAACCCAUUCGGAUAUGAUGUCGCAUAUGGGUCUUCAGGUGAAGACGAUCAUGACUUCCUCCAAGAUAUGCCUUCACCGCCGCGAGAGUACCUUUCUCCGGCUUCACUCCCGCCAGACCGCUCAAGAAGACCACCAACAAUGCCACCCUCAAGAUACGACGUCGAUGUGAUCGACCUCCUCUCCGAGGACGAGCAAGAGGACGACAACACCCAGCACAAUUCCCACCCAGCCAGACAACCAACAUCCUUACGCCGCAACCUCAGACCCUCUCCCCCGCCAGCUCUCCGCCGAAUCAGCUCAUCCAGCUCCGAAAUCGUCUUCCUCUCCGAACGCUCCAUCACCCCUCUCCCAGGCGCCGCCACAGCAGCACCAAGUCGCCUUCCACCGCGAAU